ACAUAUAACGGCUACAAGCUGACUUGUUGAUUCAAAGAAAGGGAGAAAAAUAUGGAUGUGUUUUUCUCAGAGGAGUUUUUCUCUGGCGAUGCUUUGUGGUAUAGUGAGGCCAAUAUUACUACUACUCCGAUGAUUCCAAGCGCUUUUGAAGUGUAUAGAGAAGAACCCAAAAAGGGUAGUUUUAUGCAAACAAGUUGGAUUAAUAGUGAUAAUAAGAUGAACCUCAACAAAAGAAUGAUUGAUUUGUUGAGGAGAAGAAGAAGUAGUAGUAGUAGUAAGUAUAAUAUUAGCCAUGUUGAUCAUGAACAUGAGAAAGAAAGGUGUUAUAGGCACAUGAUCAAUGAACGAAUAAGAAGAGAAAAACAAAAACAGAGCUAUUUCACUCUGCAUUCUAUGCUCCCUGUGGGAACUAAGAAUGAUAAGAAUUCAAUUGUUCAGAUUGCCACAAUGAAAAUUCAGGAACUGGAGACGUACAAGGAGGAGUUGAAGAGGGAACAGAUGAAGCUGAAAGAGGCUUUAAUGGAAAGAAAUAUUAAUAUUAAUAAUAAGAAUAAGAAUAAUAAGAUUAAAGUAAGAGUAGCUAAACCCAUUAAUUCUGGGGUUGAUCUUAUGGUGGAGGUUCUUAAUUGCUUGAAAAGGUUGGGAUUAAGAGCUAUUAAUAUUCGUUCUCAUUUCUCUUCCGAUGAAUUCUAUGCUGAACUUGAUAUACAAACUGAGGUGGGAGCAGCUGAGAUUGAGAAAACUAUGCAGCAAACGCUCUUAGAAGCAGAGUGGAAACUUCGUUCUGCUUAUUUCUUGGAACCUUAUGUUGCUUGAUCAUAUAUGCAUGCUUAUUUCUAGAGACUUUUGCCGCAAAUUUCAGAAUAAAAAUAUAUAUUAAUUUGAUAUUUGAAUUUACUGCAACAUACACCAAAACAUUAAUAAAGAUGACAUGGCUUCCCGCAACACAUUGCACAAAUUAUCUCAACAGUUAGUUCCAAUAUCAAAACAACCCAAAGGCUUGCAUUUACUGUUAAUUUGUUGUACUUUUAGGAAAAAUUAUUGAUCAAACAAUUAGUUCAAUUGUUCACAACAAAUAAAAACUGUCAAUUUACCAGAUUGUGUGACAAUUUUAAUCAAGUAAAUCGUUUCUUAAUUCUUCAGCUGUAUUCUACGGAACGUAAAAUUUAAUUUUCAUUAAAAAAAAGUAUAGGGUAAAAAAGGAAACUUCCAAUAUUUAGGCCAUGAUCAGAGUCUAAAGAGCAAACUUAAUGGUAUUCAAAAUCUUUUAAACAACAGAAAUGGGAAACAAAAAUUCAUGUAAGUCUUCAAAACAAAAAUACUGAAUAUGCAAACUGGCAGCCUUCACUUGAGAGGAAUGAACCUAGAUGAAUGGGUAGCACCAAUACCUGGUCUACCGUGCUUGACAGGCUUGUAUGAGAUAGAAAACUCAGCAAGGUAGUGUCCAAUCAUCUCAGGCUUGAUCUCGACCUGGUUGAAGGUCUUGCCAUUGUACACACCAAUGAUGCUUCCAAUCAUCUCUGGUACAAUAAUCAUGUUACGGAGGUGAGUUCUAACUGGUUCUGGCUUCUCACCAGCUGGGGCUUCCCUUUUCUGCAUACAGAGAAAUUUGUGAAGGAAAAAUACAACAAAAUUCAGUUCAUAUUAAACAUAACAAGAAAUGCGUGUUCCUUUAACAAAAUAUAGCACAUUAACUUCCAUUUAACAAUCUACAAUUUGAGCUAUAAUCACAAAAAAGAAGUAAAAAUAUGAGUUCGACCACAUUUUCAUUUGUCUUUAACAGUUCGACCAGGAGACCUGCAAGUGCCAGUGGCAACAAGUUUUAGAGUAUAAGGGGAUUCAAACCUUGAAACGACUGCCUACCAGCAAUUGCCAACAUUCUACAUUAACCCUUGAGUUUGACCAGUAACAUUAUAUAAUGCCAACAACACUUGCUCAUACACUUAAUGUAUUGUGAAAUUUCAAAUUACCAGGACCCAUCUAAUGUAAUACAUUGAAACUAAAAUAAGCAUAUCUAACUGAGAGUACUACUCCUUUUUUCUCUUAAGUUUCCACCAUCAAUCACAAGGUAAAUAUACAUAUCAUUAUCCAUUCAAGCAGAGGACUUUACACAUUUCGGAAGAGCUAACCAGAGUUCAAACCUUCAUUAGAAGACAUACCUUAUUCUCCAUGAAAUACAAAAACUAAAAGUAUCGUUACCAAAACACAAGUUAAAAACAAAAUAUACUCCUUUGAAAAUAAAUCACUACAAAUUUAAAUUCAACAUACAACACACUACUGUUCCAACACUACCACACUUUCAACUAAAAUUCAAUGUACAAAGCUGGUAAAUAUGUUUAAAAUAGAAAACAGUCAUUUACAAGAUACAGAGUUAGAAAGAAAUGAAUUCAAAAAAUCAUACCGCCUUCCGGAGCUUCUUGAUCAAAGCCAUUGGCUUACGCUUCAAACCUCUCUGGAACCUAACAUAAUUACCACCCAUAAGUUCGAAAUUUAUUACACAUUUUUCUAAUACAAUCAUUAUAAAAACAACAACAAAAACAAAACAAUUUCUGCACUGAAGAAUUACCUUCUGCGAGCACGAGCAGUGAAAAGCUUGACAAGCUCAUCGGUAGACAUGUCGAGGAGAGCAUCCAAAUCAACUCCCCUGAAAGAGAACUUCUUGAACGUUCUCUUCUUCGGAACUCCUGCAACAGCAACAUCAGCUUCAACUUCGGCCUGAAACAUCAAGACAUAGCAACAAUGUUAGAAUUUGUAAUGAAAACGAAAAAGAAAUAAAGAUGAAAGCUUUUCAAAUUGCAAUAUUAACCCACCAUGAUUGCAGCAGCUACUCUCGGAAACCUAAAUUCUUAGUUGGAGACGACGGAGCGACGACCCUGCCUGAGAUUUUUCCAGCGAACUAAAAGAGAGAGAGAGAGAGAGAAAACCAGAGGUGAGAAAGUAUCUCAUGCGGCACAGGGAGAAAAACAUAGUAAAAGAUUACCUUACCUACGGCGAAUGCAACUGCGUGUACGACCGGCGAAGAAGAUCGUCACGUCUGGGAGAGAAUGUACAGAGAAAAGUGAUAAUGGAAACCUAAAA